AUGGUGAAUCUACUCUCUUUCCUUCUAGCUGCCGGUCUUGUGGCCGAGGUGGCAUUGGCGAAAAGGGUACCCUACUCCCCGGGGGGUUGGUCUGACGCAACACACUGUCCCGCCACACUUGGGCAGAAAAAGUGGCAUUGUGAUGAUGCCCUCUGUGGAGGAGAGGACCCCGAUAAGAAAGGCCAUUGCAAGCUAAUGAUUCUGCAACGGCUCCCCCUGGAGAUUGAACGGUACGGCCUGCAGCAGCCCAUGGGCUAUCAUGCCGAGGAGCCCUGCGAGUGCACCACAGGUGACGAGGAUGGCAACAGUGGUGUCCAUCCCAUCGUGGGGGUGAUUCCUUUCAUCAUCCCUAUCGGAUUUUUACCCCCCCCACCCGGGGUCCCUCACCCCAAGGACGCUGAUACAUGUCCGAUGGACUAUACCGAGGUCAAGUGCAAGGACUGUAAGGCGCUUGAGCACUGGUGCACAGUGGGCGAUCACGCAGGCUGUCCUUGUACUGACGAUUGUCCUGCUGACGGGGAUGACAACAUGCCUGAUUGUGACGAUGACGGCUGUCAGGGUGUCGACGAGAAAUGUGUGGUGGGUCUCCACAAGGACUGCAAAUGCAAGGACAGCAAGCCUGAGUGUCCUAAUUUGGACGAGAAAUACCUUAAUUGUGAGGCCGACUACUGCAAGGGAGAGAAGAAGGAUGGGGAUGAUGACACUAAAUGCACGGCUGACGAGGCCAGACUUAUUAACUCAAUGAUUGACUCGGAUGAGUACGGAAAAUACAGCUUCCACUUCACUAGAAAGGUGGGCAAGGGCUGCAAGACAACCUGCAAGGAUGCCGUUAUGGACUUGAUGAAACAAUGCGAGCUAAACAGCCACUCUACUCGUAAGAGUGCCGACGGCACGAUUGACAAGUGUGGUGCUUCCUAUUCGUACAGCAUCACCGCGAGCGAGGGGUGCUCUGACGAUGCCACUGGACUCCCAGGGACGCUGUUCCGAGACACUCUCACCGACGACUUUUGUGGGGCUGUGGACGAGAAGAAAGAGUUGGAAUGGGCUGUUGAUAGCUCGGGGAAGAACAGCACUUUCAUCAAGCGCGAUGUCCCGCACUUCCUUGAAAAACGUACCCCUCCAGCCAACUCCAAGUCUUACACCAAGUUCAAGACCACACUGAAGUUUGCGCCAACGAAUGACGGGCCCUGCACCAAGAGCUGCAAAGAUGCGUUCUACACAAUCUCCCAAGGAAAAUGUGGAGUAAAGGGCAAUCAACAGAAUAUGAUGGCCACGAAUGGGGCUCUGGAUGUGGGCUGUGGCACCUACUCCUACGAAGUACGUUGGACGGGCCAGAAAGAGAUCCAGAAACAACACUGUCACGACAAUGACGAAUUUCCGGACCACACAGACACGCAGACAGGCGAGGAUGUGUGGAAAGACCUACUUUGGAAGGCCUGUGGAGCAGAAAAGAGAGAGGAAUUGAAGGUCAUCAAGGGCAAGAAGACAGACCUCCAUUAUGUCGAGACAAAACAAUCCGGCACCUUCAAUGACCCGCAUGACUACAAGUUCUCGGUUUAUUGGGUGGACGGUUGUGAACUGGAUGGUGGAGACACCGAGCAGUCACACGCCUAUCCAUUGGGCAAGGACUACCGGUAUAAGGGUAAGGAGGUACUGAAAAUGACGGCGCGGGCGGUUGGAUUGAAGCCGGAUGUGCCCGAUACGCUUUCCGACCGACUAGGUAGGUAG